AUGACAAGGCAUGUCUGGAGAGCAGCAGAUGCCAGUGUAAUGCUGUGGGAGCCGGCAGUGGCAGCCACGACGCCUCCGGCACCGCAACAGCCGCAGAUGCCGCAGCAACCGCACGGGGUAACCGAAGCUGACAUCCAAGCGUGCUUAACAAGCAGCUACGAUGACACCGAGCAAGACUUGAUGCUUCCUUCAAUCGAGGAUGUUUUUGAGCCAUGUAUCAAGAGCGAGCCUGGAGAAGAGACCAAUGCAGUCGGCUCGUCAACAGUCGAUUCCACUACUUCGGAUUCAUCCAAACAGCGUUGUACUUCGUACGAUUCUCAGGCUACACUACCAUUAUCGACGCCUUGCCCGUCGGACGAAGAAAGAGAUCUUCCUGUUAUACUUCGCAGUCCUGCAAGGACGAGCCACCACCUCAACGUUGGCAAUACCGUACCCACGCCACAAGUACGAAGGACUCUGGACUUCGGUAUGCCAGCCUUUCGCCAUACCAAUGACAUUGUACAACAAGUCUCUGAGCCUAGCGACUUCACUUCGCUGGCAGCACUGCGAAGGCUGGAACGAGACCCUCCCCACCACUGGCAUGAAGAUGAACGAGAACUUUUAACCAUCCUUUAUCGAUGGUACGAAGACACAAAUGUGGCAACCAUUCCGAAGGUCUUCAAUGCUAUCACCAGCCUCAACCUCAGACUUAAUGUCAUACGUUACCAGUUCGAAAGCCACCUCAUUCUGUAUGGCGGUCGUGCGUACCCUGAGUUCGAUCGAGUAAUGAGAGUCCCCUUCCACAACCCCGAACACAAAUACGACGAGAUUCACGCGAUUAUCGAAGAUACGGCCUCCGAGUCUGGCAUUAACUUGUCACGGCGCAUACACGAGGUGAGAAUCGAGUCUGGCUUGGCGAGAACUGCAAAGUCCCCCAAGACGAGGAAACACUACAAAUCCCUCGUUAGACGUGCGCUAAAGAGGGAGAAGGAGAAAGCUCGCGCCCUUCGCAUGCCGGCUCCGGAAAAUCUACCACUGCAGGCCCUUCAGCUCGGCGGAAUGACAUUGGCUGAGCAAGACAACGAAGAAACAUGGUCAGACGUUGAUGGCUAUCAUACACCACCCAUCACACCUACGCAGCCGACACUCCGGACUCCACCCGGCAGGAAUACCAUUGGAUUUCGCGUUUGGGAUGCAAACAGCCGGACAAUGUUCGACGACGAGACGGGCUUCGUGAGUCAAGUCUUCUCGAUUUGGAGGGGCGAGUUUCUGCCGCCUUUCUCCCCCGACGGACAAGGUCAACAGGCUCUGAUGCUCUUGACGAACCUCCAUCUGUCCAUGAGUGGCGGCGCCUCGGCUUUUGUCUCAGUGUCGACGAGUCUCUUGCAAGCUCUCGUCAAAGCUUCUACGAUGUUUGAGCCCAGGAUCGCCGUCAAACGAAUGGUAUGGGCUUCCGUCCCAGCUGCAGCCGUACUAUCACACUUCCCGAUUUCCAAUCUCGCUGUCUUAUCACGCCACAACCAAGCUUGCGAUGAUAUCCUCAACUUGCGGGAUAUACAAUCCGGCCGCAAGACACAGUACGUCUCUUCGCUCUUGCGCGAUAGGAACACAAUCAUCAACAUCCGCACGGCACGAGCCAUGGCUGUGGUAUGCCGGGCCUUCAAGAUGCACCGUGUCGGCGUCAGCCUUGCGCACAUCCAGGGACUGGUCUCGUCGUUGGUGGAUUCGUUCCAGCUGAUGUACGUCACAAGCGAUACACCUCGCAUGUCCAUUAUGAUGGCCAAAGCAUUUGCUGUCUCUCUCGUAUCGCAGGCUCAUCAUACUCACGAUGUAGAGGCGGCUUUCCAGGAAGGCGUUCUGCAAGGCACUGCCUAUGGCGAUUACAAGAGUAUGGGCAAGUACGAGGAAUAG